AGUUCCUCAUCUGGCCGCUAUUUGUAAAUGGGCGUUCCAGCGACUGUGAAUGGCUAAUCUCUUGUUAGGUUGUCAUUGUUUUCGUGGGAAAAAAGCCGAACUCGUGGACGCUCACGCUGUGGUUAUUUUAUCCUGCCUCUCAUUCUCAAAAAUAUUCGUUUUUCACGGACCAGCACCGGGCCAUGGCUCGAUGGCUGGUGACCUUGUCAAGUGACUGCAUGUGUGAAAAUUGUGGCGGGCAACAGGAGAAGGAUGGUCAAGUACUUCAGUAGUAGAAGUGACAUCGACAGUGCGUGGAACCAUGUUGUGUCUGCCUUCUGGCAGCGCUAUCCCAACCCCUUCAGUACGCACGUUCUCACAGAGGACGUGGUGUACCGCGAGGUGACCGCCGACCACAGGCUGCUGUCCAGACGCCUCCUGAUGAAGACCAAUCGGCUGCCUCGCUGGGCUGAAGUCUUCUUCCCCUCUGGCAUGUCCCGCUCUGUCUACAUUGUUGAGGACUCCAUCGUGGACCCCGUCAGCCGGACUCUGACCACCUACACCUGGAACCUCAACCACACCACACUCAUGUCUGUGGAGGAGCGUUGUGUUUUCCAAGACUGUGCGGAGCAGCCAGGCGUCACCCUGCUCAAACGGGAGGCGUGGAUCUCCUCGGGCAUCUACGGCUUCUCCAGACCCAUCCAGGAGUUCGGAUUGGCUCGCUUCAAGAGCAACCAAGCGAAAGCCAUGAAAGGGCUGGAGUACGCGCUGUCCAACAUACAAGGCAUCAGACUCAGGCUGAGCGCAGCGGAGAGACGGCCCAGCGGCUGCCCCGGGGCCCGGUGAAGGAGGCGUCCGACAAGGCCAAGGAGGCGGCUAAGAGUCUAGCGUCGGCCGCGUCACAGAAGCCUCAGCAGUUUGUCUAACGAGGACUUUAAUAGAAACUAUCUCUACUUUAUGUCUCAGGUCCAGCCGCACAUGCGGUAUCGCUGCUGCAAUCAUGCCGUAUCAUUUUAAAACAUAUUUUAAGCUCGAAAGUCUCGCUUUUGCUUCUCGAUUAUGGCUUGACGUCGAAUGUUAUGAACAGGAUAAAUGCUAAUUCCUUGCCGAGUGAUUCCCUCCCGCAGUCGCGUCUCAACAGCUACACGUCUGACAAGCAGCUGGCACGCAACGCAGUUUACUGGCGUCCCAUUAGAGGAGCGUUCAGAGACACGCCCUCAUGCUGGAGGUGAUUGUGGAGUAAAAGCAUGCAAACACCUUGAUGGGGGCGGAGAGAAAAGUCCACAUAAUGUAAAUAUGCAAUUGUGAGGACAAACAUCUCACAACUUUGGAACAUUUCAAUAACCACAGCCUCUUUUUAAUGUGAAAUGUUUUCCUUCUGCACCUGAAAACAUGAUGAUGUGUUUAGCAAGAAUGUCUAAUGCAAGAUUUAGUUGUACAGAAUAAUUAGAAUAUUUCCUUUUAUCUUCAACUUUGAGCUUAAAUAAAAUGUUUUUGUGU